AUGUUGGACUGCAGUGACUACGUUCUAGACUCAAGAAUGAACAAUCCGUCAGAAACCAGUAAACCACCAAUGGAGAGUGGGGAUGGGAACACAGGCACACAGACAAAUGGCCUGGACUUUCAGAAGCAGCCUGUGCCCGUUGGAGGGGCAAUCUCUACAGCCCAGGCUCAGGCCUUCCUUGGACACCUUCAUCAGGUCCAGCUCGCUGGAACAAGUUUACAGGCUGCUGCUCAGUCCUUAAAUGUACAGUCUAAAUCUAAUGAAGAAUCUGGGGACACCCAGCAGCCAAGCCAGCCUUCCCAGCAGCCUUCAGUGCAGGCGGCCAUACCCCAGACCCAGCUCAUGCUGGCCGGAGGACAGAUCACCGGGCUCACGUUGACGCCAGCCCAGCAGCAGUUAUUAUUACAACAGGCACAGGCACAGUUGCUGGCGGCUGCAGUGCAGCAUUCAGCCAGCCAGCAGCACAGCGCUGCAGGCGCCACCAUCUCGGCCUCCGCUGCGACGCCGAUGACGCAGAUUCCUCUUUCUCAGCCAAUACAGAUUGCACAGUCUGCUAAAGCCAUUUCAUUCUUCAUUCAUUCUAAAAGGAUGUUCCAACAGCUGAAAUGUCUCCUGCAAGCGCAGAAUCUCUUAACGCAACUACCUCAGCAAAGCCAAGCCAACCUCCUGCAGUCUCAGCCAAGCAUCACCCUCACCUCACAGCCAGCAACCCCAACACGCACAAUAGCAGCAACCCCCAUUCAGCCACUUCCACAGAGCCAAUCAACACCAAAGCGAAUUGACACUCCCAGCUUGGAGGAGCCCAGUGACCUUGAGGAGCUUGAGCAGUUUGCCAAGACUUUCAAACAAAGACGGAUCAAACUUGGAUUCACUCAGGGUGAUGUUGGGCUCGCUAUGGGCAAACUCUAUGGAAAUGACUUCAGCCAAACUACCAUCUCUCGCUUUGAAGCCUUGAACCUCAGCUUUAAAAACAUGUGCAAGUUAAAGCCACUUCUGGAAAAGUGGCUCAAUGAUGCAGAAAAUCUCUCAUCUGAUUCAGCUCUCUCCAGCCCAAGUGCCCUGAAUUCCCCGGGGCUGGGGAUUGAGGGCUUGAACCGUAGGAGGAAGAAACGCACCAGCAUAGAGACCAACAUACGUGUGGCCUUAGAGAAGAGUUUUCUGGAGAACCAAAAGCCUACCUCGGAGGAGAUCACCCUGAUAGCUGACCAGCUGAACAUGGAGAAGGAGGUGAUCCGCGUUUGGUUCUGUAACCGGCGCCAGAAGGAGAAAAGGAUCAACCCACCCAGUAGUGGUGGAACCAGCAGCUCUCCCAUCAAAGCAAUUUUCCCUUGCCCAACCUCACUGGUGGCAACCACGCCAAGCCUUGUGACAAGCAGUGCAGCUACUACUCUGACUGUCAACCCUGUGCUCCCUCUAACUAGUGCUGCUGUCACUAGUCUGUCAGUCACAGGCACAACAGAAACCACCUCCAACAACACAGCAACCGUGAUCUCUACAGCACCUCCAGCUUCCUCAGCAGUGACUUCACCCUCUCUGAGUCCUUCCCCUUCUGCCUCAGCCUCCACAUCCGAGGCAUCCAGUGCCAGUGAGACCAGCACAACACAGACAACCUCUACUCCCUUGUCCUCCCCUCUUGGGACCAGCCAGGUGAUGGUGACGGCAUCAGGGUUGCAAACAGCGGCAGCAGCCGCACUACAAGGCGCUGCACAGUUGCCUGCAAAUGCAAGUCUCGCUGCCAUGGCUGCUGCAGCAGGACUAAACCCAGGCUUGAUGGCACCCUCACAGUUUGCAGCUGGAGGUGCCUUACUCAGUCUCAAUCCAGGGACGCUAGGCGGUGCUCUCAGCCCAGCUCUGAUGAGCAACAGUACACUGGCAACGAUUCAAGCUCUUGCAUCUGGUGGCUCUCUUCCAAUAACAUCACUGGAUGCAACUGGGAACUUGGUGUUUGCCAAUGCUGGAGGUACUCCUAACAUUGUCACUGCCCCGUUGUUCCUGAACCCUCAGAACCUUUCUCUGCUCACCAGCAACCCAGUUAGCUUGGUCUCUGCAGCUGCCGCCUCCGCAGGGGCCUCUGGACCAGUCGCCAGCCUUCAUGCCACCUCCACCUCAGCUGAGUCCAUCCAGAACUCUCUCUUCACAGUGGCCUCUGCCAGUGGGGCCACUUCCACCACCACUACUGCCUCCAAGGCACAGUGAGCCGGGCUGAGCUGUGCUACCAGCAGCCUGUUUCACUCUGCAGUGGGAUUGGCUGCCAGCUGGGUUUAUAAACUGAAAAAUGUGAUCGGCUUCCUCUCACCAUGUUGCUGGGGACAAGGGAGAGAGACGGAAAAUAUAAAAACAAAACAGGAAGGAUUUAAAGCUGGGACAGACAUUUGCCUAAUUUUAUAAUAAACACUGUCUUUUCAGGAUCACUUCAUGGAUCGGAGAGCUUUCUAACCAAAAAUGUAAAAAAACAAAAAACAAAAAAAAA